CCGGGAACAAUAGAGAGAAACGAAGCCUACCCUGAACACCAAACAAACCGAGAGGGCGACAAAAAGAAAGCAAACCACAUCGGGUGAUGGAGGGAGAGCGAGCUAAGCGAAGGACAUGUGAGGAAUAAAGACGCGAGGAUCUUUCCCGAGCGGUGGGCUUUAUUCCCGUCUUUCUUUGUCACUGGAUAGUAAAACGGAUUCCGGUAUGAACCCAGCAGAAGCGGCCGAGGAGGCGCCCAGCGACCCCGACACUGAUGCCUUCUACAAAACAGGGCCCUUCAGGACUGAAGGCAUCAAGGCCUCUGAUGUUCUUCCUAUUUUAAAGGAAAAAGUUGCCUUUGUGUCAGGUGGACGAGAUAAACGAGGAGGACCAAUUCUGACAUUUCCUGCCAGGAGCAACCAUGACCGAAUAAAACCCGAGGACCUGAGGAGGCUGGUAACCUACCUGUCUACUGUCCCCAGCGAGGAUGUAUGCAAACGUGGCUUCACUGUCAUCAUCGACAUGCGAGGUUCAAAGUGGGAGCUGAUUAAGCCUCUGCUCAAGACGCUGCAGGAGUCUUUCCCAGCUGAGAUCUGUGUGGCUCUCAUCAUUAAGCCCGACAACUUUUGGCAGAAACAGAAGACGAACUUCGGGAGUGCAAAGUUCUCUUUUGAGACCAACAUGGUGUCAGUUGAAGGUCUUGCCAAGCUAGUGGAUCCCUCCCAGCUCACAGACGACUUUGAAGGCUCGCUGGACUACAACCACGAGGAGUGGAUGGAUCUCAGGGUGUCAUUGGAGGAGUUCAUGUCCAAUGCUGUUCAUCUGCUGUCCAGACUGGAGGAUCUGCAGGAGCUCCUGUCCAAGAAGGACUUUCCUGCAGAUGUGGAAGGCUCUCGGCGACUGAUAGAGGAACACACACAGCUUAAGAAAAAGGUGCUAAAGGCUCCAGUGGAGGAAUUAGACCAGGAAGGCCAGAGGCUGCUCCAGUGUAUCAGAUCGAGUGAUGGCUUUUCAGGGAGAAACUGCAUCUCAGGCUCAGCUGACUUUCAGAGCCUUGUGCCCAAGGUGGCUAGUCUGCUGGAUAAGCUGCAUUCCACCAGACAACAUCUCCAUCAGAUGUGGCAUGUCAGGAAACUGAAGCUGGACCAGUGCUUCCAGCUGCGCCUCUUUGAACAGGAUGCAGAAAAAAUGUUUGACUGGAUCAGCCACAAUAAGGAAUUGUUCCUGCAGAGCCACACGGAGAUUGGCCGAGGUUACCAGCACGCUGUGGAGCUACAGACUCAACACAAUCACUUUGCCAUGAACUCCAUGAAUGCCUACGUAAACAUCAACAGAAUCAUGUCGGUGGCGAGUCGUCUGGCAGAGGCCGGCCACUACGCCUCCACUCAGAUUAAACAGAUCUCAGGACAGCUGGACCAGGACUGGAAAAGCUUUGCUGCUGCACUUGACGAACGCUCCACCAUCCUGGCCAUGUCAUCUGUCUUUCACCAGAAGGCUGAGCAGUUUCUGUCUGAGGUGGAGACCUGGUGUAAAGUCUGCAGCGAGGGCGGGUUACCAUCUGAGAUGCAGGAGUUGGAGAUUGCCAUUCACCGUCACCAGAGCCUUUAUGAGCAAGUGACCCAGGCUUACACUGAGGUGAGUCAGGAUGGUAAAGCCCUGCUGGAUGUCCUCCAGAGGCCUCUCAGUCCAGGCAACUCGGAAUCUCUUACAGCCACUGCAAAUUACUCCAAAGCGGUGCACUGUAUCUUGGACGUGGUUCAUGAGGUUCUUCACCAUCAGCGACGUCUGGAGAACAUUUGGCAACAUCGAAAGGUCCGAUUGCACCAGAGACUGCAGCUCUGUGUAUUCCAGCAAGAUGUCCAACAGGUGAUGGACUGGAUAGAAAACCAUGGCGAGGCUUUCCUCAGCAAACACACGGGCGUUGGGAAAUCCCUCCACAGAGCCCGAGCCCUGCAGAAGAGACACGACGACUUUGAAGAUGUAGCUCAGAACACUUACACUAACGCAGACAAGCUGCUGGAGGCAGCCGAGCAGCUUGCACAGACAGGAGAGUGUGACCCGGAGGAAAUCUACAAGGCAGCUAGACACCUGGAAGUGCGAAUCCAGGACUUUGUCCGCCGGGUGGAACACAGGAAGCUGCUGCUUGACAUGUCUGUCUCCUUCCACACACACACUAAGGAGCUGUGGUCGUGGAUGGAGGAGCUGCAGAAGCAGCUGCUGGACGAUGUGUGCUGCGAUUCUGUGGAUUCAGUUCAGACUCUGAUCCAGCAGUUCCAGCAGCAGCAAACAGCCACACUGGAGGCAACGCUCAAUGUGAUUAAAGAGGGAGAGGAAUUAAUACAGCAGCUGAGGGAUGCAGCCAUGUCCACCAAUAAGACGCCACACUGCAGUUCCAUUGCGCACAUACAGGGUGUGCUGCAGCAGCUGGAUGAAGCCCAGGGCCAGAUGGAGGAGCUGUUCCAUGAACGCAAAAUCAAGCUGGACAUCUUUCUGCAGCUUCGCAUCUUUGAGCAGUACACUAUAGAGGUCACGGCAGAACUAGACGCUUGGAACGAGGAUCUGUCUCGUCAGCUGAGUGACACCAGCCGCUCGGGUGCUAGCAGCAGCAGCAGCAGUGGGGGAGGCGGUGCCUCAUCCGCCGGCUCAGAGGAUAUCGGUCUGGCAGAACAGCGACUGAAGCGGCACGCAGAGAGGAAAGCAGCCAUGAACAACAUGACUUAUGAGGUGAUGCAGCAGGGUCAAGAUCUGCACCAGUACAUCAUGGAGGUCCAGGCUUCAGGAAUCGAGCUGACGGGAGAGAAGGACUUGGACUUGGCCUCUCAGGUUCAGGAGCUGCUGGAGUUCUUGCAUGAGAAGCAGCAGGAGGUGGAGGUCAAUGUGCAGCACACGCACACGCGGCUGGAGCAGACUCUUCAGCUGCGCCACCUGCAGGGAGAAGUUAAACAGGUGUUGGGUUGGAUACGUAACGGAGAGUCCAUGCUGAACGCCAGCAUGGUCAACGCCAGCUCUCUGUCUGAGGCCGAGCAGCUUCAGAGGGAGCAUGAGCAGUUCCAGAUGGCUAUAGAGUCUCUAUUCCACGCUAACUCUCUUCAGAAGACACAUCAGAGUGCUCUGCAGGUCCAACAAAAAGCUGAGAUGAUGCUACAGGCGAGUCAUUAUGAUCCAGAGGCAAUUCGAAGCUGUGCUGAGAAGGUUGCCGUUCACUGGCAGCAACUGAUGCUGAAGAUGGAGGACCGUCUGAAGCUGGUCAAUGCAUCCGUAGCCUUCUACAAGACAUCUGAACAGGUGUGCAGUGUGUUGGAGAGCCUGGAGCAGGAGUAUCGCCGCGAUGAAGACUGGUGCGGCACACACGACAAAGUGGGAAGUUCAUCCGACAGUGACCACCUCCUACCUCUGAUCAGUAAGCACCUGGAGCAGAAAGAAGCCUUCCUCAAGGCGUGCACUCUGGCCCGGAGGAAUGCAGAGGUAUUUCUGAAGUACAUUCACAGAAACAAUGUGAGCAUGCCUGGAGCUGCCGGUCACACCAGGGGACCUGAGCAACAGGUUAAAGCUAUUCUGAACGAGCUGCUGCAGAGGGAGAACAGAGUCCUUCACUUCUGGACAUUAAAGAAACGACGGCUGGACCAGUGUCAGCAGUAUCUGGUGUUUGAACGCAGUGCCAAACAGGCACUGGAUUGGAUCCAGGAGACAGGUGAGGUUUACCUGGCCACGCACACGUCACCCGGCGACAGCAGUGAGGAAACACAGCACCUUCUCAAUGACUACCAUCACUUCAGACUUUGUGCCAAACAAACCAAGGAGAAGGUGAAGCUGCUGAUCCAGCUGGCAGACAGUCUGGUGGAGAAGGGGCAUGCCCACGUGCUGGAGCUGAAGCGCUGGGUGAGCACGGUGGACCGCAGGUACCGUGACUUCUCUGCACGGAUGGGCAAAUACCAGGAGAGCCUGGAGAGGAGCCUGGGAAUGAGCUCUGAGGACAACAAAGACCUGGAACUGGACACCAUCCCUGCCAGCCUGACAGAUGACCCGGAGGUCAAACUGCGUGACCCCAACCAUGAGGUCAACGAGGAGAAGAGGAAGUCUGCCAGGAAGAAAGAGUUCAUCAUGGCAGAGCUCUUACAGACAGAGAAGACCUACGUCAGAGACCUUCAGGAGUGUUUAGAGCAGACGUACCUGUGGGAGAUGACCAACGGUGUAGAGGAGAUUCCACCUGGCAUUGCUAACAAAGAGCACAUCAUAUUUGGUAACAUGCAGGAGAUUUAUGACUUCCACAGCAAUAUUUUCCUAAAGGAGCUGGUAAACUAUGAGCAGCUUCCAGAGGACGUGGGUCACUGCUUUGUCACCUGGGCUGAUAAGUUCCACAUAUAUGUGGAUUACUGCAAGAACAAACCAGACUCCAGCCAGCUGAUCCUGGAGCACGCAGGCACCUUCUUUGAUGAGAUUCAGCAGAGACGAGGACUGGCUAACUCAAUCUCCUCCUACCUCAUCAAACCAGUCCAGAGGAUCACCAAGUACCAACUACUGCUAAAGGAGUUAUUGUCCUGCUGUGAGGAGGGAAAGGGAGAGAUCAAAGACGGUUUGGAGGUGAUGCUCAGCGUUCCUAAGAGAGCAAACGACGCCAUGCAUCUCGCCAUGUUAGAGGGCUUUGAGGAGAACCUGGAGGUGCAGGGUGAGCUGAUCUUGCAGGACAGUUUUCAGGUUUGGGAUCCACGCUCGCUCAUCAGGAAGGGUAGGGAUCGGCACCUCUUCCUGUUUGAGUUCUCUUUGGUCUUUAGCAAAGAGAUCAAAGACUCAGCUGGCAGAACCAAGUACCAGUACAAGAACAGACUACUGACGUCAGAGUUGGGGGUGACUGAGCACAUUGAGGGCGACCCAUGUAAAUUUGCUGUGUGGGCUGGAAGAACCCCAUCCUCUGAUAAUAAAACUGUGCUGAAAGCAUCCAGUAUGGAAGCUAAACAAGACUGGAUUAAGAACAUCAGGGAGGUGAUCCAGGAGAGGAUGACUCACCUGAAGGGGGCGCUUAAGGAGCCGCUUCACCUGCCUAAAACACCAGCACUGACAAAACCCAGGAAUAAUGCUAAAAGGGAGGGAGGUGAAGACGGAGACAGUCAGGGAGACGGCAGCAGCCAACCAGACACCAUCUCAAUUGCAUCCAGGACAUCCCAGAACACUGUAGACAGCGACAAGCUCUCCGGUGGAUGUGAGCUGACUGUCGUUCUCCAGGACUUUGCAGCAGGAUGCAGCACAGAGAUGUCUGUCAGCACAGGUCAGACAGUGGAGCUGUUGGAGCGGCCCAGCGAGCGGCCCGGAUGGUGUCUGGUCCGAACCACUGACCGCAGCCCACCGCAGGAGGGACUGGUUCCCACGUCUGUCCUCUGUGUUUCCCACUCACGUUCUAGUGUGGAGAUGGACUGUUUCUUCAGUUCAGGGAAAGAAAACUAUACUGUUGGCGGCUCGGACGGCAAGACAGAAUCGGUGGCCAACCUUCAGCCGCAGCCGUCCCUCAGCUCCCUGCAGUCCAGCUCUCCUGGUCCCAAACGCUCUGGGAACACUCUGAGGAAGUGGCUGACCAGUCCGGUCCGCCGCCUCAGUGGCAGCUCUGUUAAGAAACUUCCUAAUAGCAAACAGAAGAAGCCAGGGCCAGGAACAGGAAAAGAGGAAAUCAGGAAGAGUAUCGACCUGGGUCAGCCUGACCUUACCUUGCAGGAUGAUGUCACUGGUGAGAGAGUCAUCAGUAGAGAUGGCAACAUCCUGUCUAAGACGUCUGGGAUGCAGAGUGGUGGGGAGGAGGAGCAGGAUGAAGACGCCCACACCCCUCUGCCUCCCCGUAUGAAGAUCAUCAACGACCCAUCAGAUCCUGAUGACAAGUCUUCGUCCUUGCUCACCUCUCUGCAGUCUUCCUCUGAGGUGCCCAGUGCUGCAGAGCUAGUUAGCGCCAUAGAGAAACUGGUUAAAACCAAGAUGAGUCUAGAACCAGGGGUGUACCCGGGGUUUACCCCUCUCUGUCCACCUGAACAAACCACUCCUGUUCAGCCACGCAACCCUGAACAGGAGCAGAGAGCAAAAGCUAUGAGAGGACGGAUGUUUGUUCUGAACGAGCUGAUUCAGACAGAGAAGGACUAUGUCAAAGACCUGGGCAUCGUGGUGGAGGGCUUCAUGAAGAGGAUCGAGGAGAAGGGCAUCCCAGAUGACAUGAAAGGAAAAGACAAAAUCGUGUUUGGGAACAUCCACCAGAUUUAUGACUGGCACAGAGAUUUCUUUGUAGGAGAACUGGAGAAAUGCCUGGAUGACCAUGAACACCUCCCUGAGCUCUUCAUUAAACAUGAGAGAAGGCUCCACAUGUAUGUUGUUUAUUGUCAGAAUAAACCCAAGUCAGAGUUCAUCGUGGCAGAAUACGACACGUAUUUCGAUGGAAUCCAACAAGAUAUCCAAUCCAGGUUGUCUAUCAGUGACUUCCUCAUCAAACCAAUCCAGAGAAUCACCAAAUACCAGCUUUUACUGAAGGAUUUCCUGAAGUACAGCUCAAAGGCAGGAAUGGACUGUGAACAAAUUGAGAAAGCAGUAGAUUUGAUGUCUCAGGUCCCGAAACUGUGUAAUGACAUGAUGAAUUUGGGUCGGCUGCAGGGAUUUGAGGGGAAACUGACCAGUCAGGGCAAACUGCUGCAGCAGGAAACCUUUUUUGUAACGGUGCAAGACGCCGGCGUCCUGUCCCGCUCGAAGGAACGACGAGUCUUCUUGUUCGAGCAAAUCGUGAUCUUCAGUGAGCUGCUGAGAAAAGGCUCGUCCACACCUGGCUACCAGUUCAAAAAGAGCAUCAAGGUAUCCUACUUGGGUCUGGAGGACAGUGUGGAUAAUGAUCCCUGUAAGUUUGUGUUGCUGAGUCGCGGAUCAUCGGAGCGUUUCACCCUGCAGGCAGCCAAUGUUGACAUUAAGCAGGUCUGGGUCCAACACAUUCAGGAACUACUGGAUGCUCAAAGCAACUUCCUGUCUGCUCUGCAGUCACCCAUCGUCUACCACAAUCAGCAGAGUGGAGGAGGCAACAGCUCAUCGCUGACCAGAAACCGCUCGUCCUCAGGGAAUCAAACUACCACGUCCUCUCACAGCCGACCCUUGUCAGUGGUCGGCCUCUGCAGUACGGAGAAGGGGAAGAGCCAAGUCAAAGUCUCCACCUCUAAUGGAGGUUCAUCGUGUUUUGACUCCAUGGACAAUAACGACAUCACUUCCACCAUGCUGGUCACUCAGGACUACUCGGCGCUCAAAGAGAAUGAGAUCUGUGUCAGUCAAGGAGAGACCGUUCAGAUCAUGGCCACCAAUCAGCAGAACAUGUACCUCGUUUACCGGCCAGCCAACAGCCAGUCGCCUGCCGCGGAGGGCUGGGUGCCAGGACACGUCUUAGGCCCGCUCACAAAGCCCAUUAAAGACUCUUCUUCUACUUGCUCCUUCUCAGCAGCAGUAACAGAUGCCAACAACAUCAAGAAGUCUCUGUCGUGGAACACACUGCGUGCCAGGAAGCGCGUUGAAGACAAGGAUGCCUUCUCAGUAGGGGUCAAAGGUCAGGAGAAUGGCCUUCUCCGUAAGCCCAAAGAAAUCACUCCUCCUACCCCGUUCGCCUCGUCCGACCCUGUGGUGAAAGGCAAAGAGGUCCAAACUUCAGAUGAUUCAGAUUGUGGUGAUGACAUUGACCCAAAGACGGGCAUGGAGCUUCUGAACCCAAACUUCAUCCAGGAAGUGGCUCCAGAGUUCUUGGUCCCACUGUCAGAUGUGGUAUGUGCAUUCGGAGAGACCGUAGUCCUCUGCUGUAAAGUCUCAGGACGGCCUAAACCUUCAGUCACUCUGAAGGGCCCCGACCAGAAUCCAGUGACCAACAACAGCCGCUUCACCAUAGACAUCAGGGAUACAGGUGACAUCUUGUUGAAAGUCUGUAAUCUGAUGCCUCAGGAUACAGGAAUCUACACCUGUGUUGCUGUUAACGACCAUGGCACUGCAUCCUCCUCUGCCUCCAUCAAAGUCCAAGGUAUCCCAGCAGCCCCAGUGAGACCUGUGGCUCAGGAGGCCAGCAGCACAGCGGUGAUGAUCCACUGGCUGCCCCCGGCUUCGUCUGCCCACUGUACUGUCAGCAGCUAUACUGUGGAGUACAGACAGGAAGACUCGUUCCUGUGGCAGCAGGUGGCCAGCAGCAGGGAGGAAUGUGUGCAGAUCGACUCUCUGAUCCCCGGAGGUCACUAUCAGUUCAGAGUUCGGGCCUCCAACCGCUGGGGUGUCGGCCCACCAUCUGAGCCCUCAAAUAUGGUCACACUAGCCAGCAGCAACUCUGGCUGUGAUGGGACGGGCAUUCAUUGGAAGGAAAACUUUGAGUCAACCUUUACUGAGAUCUGUGAGAUUGGAAGGGGACGGUUCUCAGUGGUACGGAAGUGUGUCAACAGGUCCACUAAGAAAGAGGUGGCAGUGAAGUUUGUGAGCAAGAAGAUGCAGAAGAAGGAGCAAGUGGCUCAUGAGGCAGACAUUCUGCAAUAUGUCCAGAAUCACCAGCUGGUGUCAUUGUUGGACACGUACGAGUCUCCCUCCUGUCUGAUGCUCAUCCUGGAGCUACUGGAAGAUGGCCGCUUGCUUGAUUAUCUGGUUGCCCAUGAUGAGCUGAUGGAGGAGAAGGUGGCCUUCUUCAUCAGAGAAACACUGGAGGCCCUGGAGCACCUUCAUACCUGUAGAGUGGCACACCUAGACCUGAAGCCCGAGAACAUCAUGGUCAACCUCCAUUCUCCCGUGCCCAGUAUUAAGUUAAUUGAUUUUGGUGACGCUGUCCAGUUGUCUGCCCACCGCCGAUACGUCCACCUCUUGCUUGGGAAUCCAGAGUUUGCCGCACCUGAGCUGAUCCGUGGCGCUCCAGUCUCUGUGGCCACAGACAUGUGGAGCUUGGGUGUUCUGGCUUAUGUCAUGCUUAGUGGCGUUUCUCCAUUUCUGGACGAGUCACCGGAGGAAACCUGCAUCAACAUCUGCCGCCUAGACUUCUGCUUCCCAGAUGAAUACUUCUGCAAUGUGAGCCAGGUGGCGAGGGAUUUUGUGUCAUCAUUACUGCAGCAGGAUCCCAGGAAGCGGCCGAGUGCUACUUCCUGUCUCCAACAUCUGUGGGUGGGUCGUGGAGGUGGGGAGUACUCCAAGACACCACUGGACACGGCACGGUUGGCCACAUUUAUCGAUCGAAGGAGACAGCUGCACGACGUUCGGCCCAUUAUGAACGUCAAAGGGCUGGUGAGCAGCGGCAACAGAUUACAUGUCUACAGAGGUGGGAAAUAACAAAUACUCUGUUACAGUACUUAAGUAGGAUUUUCAGGACUGAACUAAGGGUGGUGUAAUAUUUGCUCUGGGGACCUAGAGCAGUCCAUUUACUCGACACAUGGAGUUCACAGAGGAUGACAAAACCUACUGAACUAAACAAGUGUAACUGUACAGCUGUGUAGCAGCGGACUCGAGACUGUUGUAGUGAGCUGUUGAAUCACUGACUGAACUGUAGUGAAUGUGCUGGACUGUCCUGAACUACAAUAAACUGAGUUAAAAUGCAAACAUGUUGGCAUCGCUUGACAUUACUUCAAGGAAGAUCAAACAGCCUCUGGAUAUCCUUCUUCUGUGGUAUAUAUGGACGACUACCGGACGUUAGCAGGAUGCACCAUGGACAUGGACAUGGACACAGUUUGCAUCAGUGUUUACAGAUUCUUUGUCCAAAAAGUAGGUAGUUUACAGACUAGUAAAUAAAAAUCAGGAAAGACCUGCAUGUAAAUCACCAGUAAUGGUUUAGAAAUCAGGUUACAAAACUGUCUGCUUCUGUAAGUAAAGCCUGUGACAUUUGGUGUGAAGGUGGGAAACUCCACCCUGAAAUCUUUUUUGUUGUAUGUUUGUUUACCAGUCACUGUGGUGAAUAACUGUAGUGGUUGGAUCUCAUUCAUUCAGCUUGUAAAUGUGCUCGUGUGGCUGCAGACCCUUUGGAUGACGUGACCGCUGUUCCUGGGAGGCAGACGUUUACUGAUGAAUGUACUUUCUUGUGGAAUGUGCUCUGUCGUCUGCUUUCACCCCUCGCCACACUCUCAAUCUUCCUCUAGGCAUUUAGUGUCAAAAAACAGCAAAGCUCAUUUUCAGCUUGGAUACUAAAUGGUCCACAGGAAGGAAAUUCGUCUUAAGAAGCAACUUUCAUAUCGGACGUCUGGUAAAAUAUUACCAAGUGUCUGUCACUGCAGCUGCAAUCGAUUCAGGUGUGUCCGAGUGCUGUUUUUCUUUUUUACCACUCUCUCUUUCUAGUAGAGAUUCUUGCUGUCUUAUUGUGGACUUGUUGGUCUUGUUCAUUAUUUGAACUAAAAAUAGCUGACGAUGAUCAGAGGAAAACUGCAGACUUCCCCAGUUUUAUCGACCUCUCAUGCAAAAAUAAA